ACAUCAACUUUACAAUUUGCAGUUCUUCUGAUGUUUUGCUCAACGGUCACGAUGUAAAAAUAACGCUCCACCUAUUAUGUCCCGGCAUUAAAAUCUCCUGACGUCACAUCUCUCCCCGGCAUCGAUAUUACUUUCCGAUUAUGCCAGUAAACUACCUGGUUCUUCAAUCAUUCUUAAUUGAGUAUACUAAAUUUGAUUCCCUUCAUCUCCAUCUCCCGAUGAUUGCCGACAAAAGCCGCAAAUUUGAAAUCGGAGCGAGUCUCGCGCGUUCUUCUGUACCAAACUGCUCGGCGACGGGCCCUCUCCAUCUCCUCGGCUUGAUUAGGGAGGGGCGCAAUGGCGCCAUGUUGGGUCCGCGAGCGGCACGCAUCAGUCGCCCGAUGACUGCGACCGUGUCAACGUCGUUACGCACGAGCCAUGAAUUGAACCCGCGUUUGCUCGUGUCGCGCGUCCUUUUCGUUUUUUAUCUUUUUUUUUUAAUUUAUUCCUCGUAUCCGUCUGUCGCUCGCGGAACGAGUUCGGAAUUCUGAACGUCUGAACGGAAGUGAAGAUCGGGAAGAGUUUCCGCGCGCGCCAAUCGUACAUAAACGCGUGCAAAAGUGUGUGCGUGUGCCUGUGACUCUUGUCGUCUACCUCUGACAGAGAACGCGGUGAAAGAGAGCGAGGAGGAGCAUCGAGCGAGAAAGAGAGAGGGACAACCGGCGUGCGAUGGCUGUGCGGCCUCGGCGCGUCGAUUCUUCCGGUGGUGAACGCGCUUCCGGAAGUGUCGAGGAUUCGAUCGGGACUUUAUCCUCCGUACGAUGGACCGCCAGGACUACGCUCGUCGUCGCGACCACGCUCGCCGUCCUCUUCGGCGUCGCCGAUGUUGCAGCCAUCAGAUCGGGCGAUGGCUGCGGGAAUAACAUGUUCAGGUGCAACGACGGCAGAUGCAUACAAUCGAUCCUCGUGUGCGAUUAUCGCGGGGACUGCGACGACAAUAGCGAUGAAAUGCAGUCGUGUCCGCCACCCGAUUGCGAGAUCGGCCAGAUCACGUGUGGCCAGUACACUUUUAACAAGACAUAUUGCAUACCCCCGCAUCAGCGAUGUGACAUGACCGUCGAUUGUGUCGACGGCACCGACGAGGACGGCUGCAUGUACAGAAAGUGCCAGCCGGACGAUUUCAGAUGCGUUGGAACUACCCCGGAGCUUUGCAUACCCAAAGAGAAGAAGUGCGACGGUUACCUGGACUGCCGGAACGGCAGGGACGAGGAGAGAUGCGAUAACAACAUGAAGCCGGCCUGCCGAUUGGACCAAUUCAGGUGUAACACCACGCAACGCUGCAUCGAGCAGAACAUGAGGUGCAAUCACCGGGACGACUGCGGUGACAACAGCGACGAGGAACACUGUAAUUUUCCGCCCUGCACCAGUGACCAGUUUCGAUGCGCCAAUGCACUCUGCAUUCCCAUAGCAUAUCAAUGUGACGGUUACAAAGAUUGCCAAGAUGAUUCUGACGAGAAGUCUUGCACAGUGACAGUUUGUCCAGGAAACAAGUUUAUGUGUCCAAAGGGUGCUCCGGAUGGAAAGCCAUUAUGUAUCAAUCGAUCUCAGCUGUGCGAUGAAAAGCAAGACUGCGAGGAUGGAGCGGAUGAGGAAGCAGCAUGUUCGACGAGUAUGUGCAGUUCACUUGGUUGUCAACAUAAAUGUCAAGCGUCUCUCAAUGGAGGGACUUGUUAUUGUCCCGAGGGAAGAAUCCUAGCCAACGAUUCACGGAUGUGCAUCGAUCGAGACGAAUGCUCCGAGUGGGGCUUCUGCGAACAGCUGUGCGAGAACACGGAUGGUUCGUACAUAUGUCACUGCGCGCCCGGUUACAUUCUUCACGGACGCAACAAGUGUCGCGCUCAGAACAUCUCUGUCUUGGAACUUCUGCUCGCUCAGGAUCGCGCGAUAUGGCGAUUAAACGCGAUUGGCGAGGAUCGCAGGAUAAUCGCGAACACCACCGGCGCCAGUGGAGUAGAUUAUCUUUACUCGCGAAAUUUGCUCUUCUGGAGCGACACGAAGACGCGAAAGGUGCACUCGGAAUCUUUCAAUCUCGGCGUCGAGGCACCCAAAGUGGACAUUAGUAUGGCGGGUUCCUGGGGACCCGUGUCCAUCGCGGUAGAUUGGAUUGGCGAUAAACUCUACGUGGCAGAUUCCAUCGUGCAAAAAGUAGAUGUUUUCGAGUUGAAUGGACGUUAUCAUGGAAUCGUUGUGGGUUCCAAUCUCACCAGUCCGGCCGAUAUCGCUCUUGAUCCCACGAGGGGCCUCAUGUUCAUCGCUGAUAGCAAGCAAGUUCUUCGUACUAACAUGGACGGUACUAAUGCAUUUCCUGUCGUUUCGGAAGCGGCUUACAAGGUCUCCGGUGUGGCCGUGGAUAUCAUUGCCAAGAGGAUUUACUGGUGUGACUCUCUGCUGGAUUACAUCGAGACGGCGGACUACAGAGGUCGCAAUAGGAUUAUGAUUCUCAGAGGUUUACAAGUGCCAUCCCCAAUCAGACUUACCCUCUUCGAGAACAGAAUAUUUUGGACAGACGGCACCAAACAAUCCGUCAUGAGCGUCGACAAGACUCAGGGAGAUUAUUCCAUCCAAAGCGUGUUUAAGGUACGCGACGCCAAAGCUAUAAAAGCCUUGCAUCCGCUCUUGCAACCCAGCGUUUCCAAUCCUUGCGGCAAUAACAACGGUGGUUGUCAGCACAUGUGCAUCGUUACCGCCUCGAGCGAUCAAAGCAAUCGAUUAGGUUAUCGCUGCGCCUGCCACAUUGGAUGGCGAUUGGCAAGCGACAUGAGAAAUUGCAAUCUGGUGCAAGAAUUCCUCAUGUAUUCCCAGCAGAGGUUUAUUAAAGGCCGCAUACUAAAUCCCGUAAUGGAAGGCUUUAGCGACGCCAUCCUACCAGUGGUAUCCAGACGGGCACGAUUCGUUGGAUUGGAUUAUGACGCGCACGAUCAAUACAUAUAUUACAGCGAUGUUCUUCAGGAUGUCAUAUAUAGGGUACACCAGAACGCAACCGGACGAGAAAUUGUUUUGGCUAGCCAAAACGAAGGGGUUGAAGGACUUGCGGUUGACUGGGCUGCAAAAAACUUGUAUUACAUUGAUUCACGUAAAGGUACGCUAAAUGUACUGAGCACUCGGAACGUCACAUAUCGGCGAACACUGUUAAAAAAUCUUAAGCGCCCUCGCGCGAUCGUGAUUCAUCCAAAUCACGGUUACAUCUUUUUUUCUGAGUGGGACCGUCCGGCUAACAUUAGCCGAGCUCACGCCGAUGGUUCCAACCUGAUCGUUUUUAGGAAUCUGACCCUUGGUUGGCCGAACGGACUGGCAAUUGACUUUAAAAAAGAUCGAUUGUACUGGUGCGACGCUCUCUUAGAUCACGUACAGCAUUCGAACCUGGACGGUACGGAUGUACGUACGGUGAAUUCCAGAUUGAUACGACAUCCGUUUUCCAUCGCCAUCCACGAGGAUUGGAUGUACAUCACCGAUUGGCGUCUCGACGCCAUUAUCCGGCUGCAUAAAGAAACCGGCGAGCAAGAGGCUAUCUUAGUACGCGAACCCGCCACCAACAGGCUUUACGGCGUAAAAGUCUUCAGUCGCGAGAUUCAAACAAUGAAAGUUAAUCAUCCUUGCACCAUUUAUAACGGUGGUUGCGAAAAGCUUUGUUUCGCUAUUCCGGAUAACUCCUCACACUCCGAUACUAUCUCAUUCCCUGGCACACAAUCCGAACCAAAGCUUACUCAAGUAUGCGGAUGUCCCUACGGAGAGCGUCUUCAGGACGAUGGCAAAAGUUGCGCCGCGGAUCCUGAUGGAGAACCAGCUGUGCAGGCUUGUCCUCAUACUUGGGAUUUUACUUGUGCAAAUCAGAGGUGUGUUCCAAAGUCUUGGGUGUGCGAUGGUGAGAAUGAUUGUUUAGACAACAGCGAUGAAAUGCAAAACUGCACAAAACCGACGUGUAGCGCUAACGAGUUUCAAUGUAAAUCCGGUCGUUGCGUACCGAUGACAUUCCAUUGUGAUACCGAAAACGAUUGUGGCGAUUAUAGUGACGAGGUGGGCUGUCCUAAUGUUACUUGCAGCGCUAAUCAAUUUGCUUGCGCCAACAACCGUUGUAUCCCCGCGACUUGGAAGUGUGAUUCUGAGAACGACUGCGGCGACAGCUCCGACGAGGGCGAAUUCUGCGCAACAAAGACUUGCUCGUACUUUCAAUUUACUUGUCCGCGUUCCGGCCAUUGUAUACCACAGUCCUGGGUGUGCGAUGGCGAUAGUGAUUGCUUCGAUCAACAGGACGAGAUGGAUUGCCCACCGGUUACCUGUCUCAGUACGCAGUUCACAUGUGCGGAUCAAAAGAUGUGCGUUUUAGCGUCGUAUAAGUGUGACGGUAUUAGUGAUUGCAAUGAUGGUUCGGAUGAAGUAGGCUGUCCGUCACUAGCACCGGAUCAGUGCAACGUCGAUAAGCAAUUCCGAUGUGUCAGUUCUGCAAUUUGUAUACCGAGGAGUUGGUACUGUGACGGUACUGCGGAUUGCCCGGACAAGUCCGACGAACCAGAGUCAUGCGGAAAGGUCGACUGCCAGACAGGAUUCUUUAGAUGUCAGAACGAGAGAUGCGUAUUUAAAGCGUAUAUUUGCGAUGGUAAGGACGAUUGCGGGGAUGGUUCCGACGAGGACACCGAACUACACGCAUGCGGUCCUCCCGCAUUCAAAUGCGAAUCUCAACAGUGGAGAUGUCCGAACGUGACAAAUCUCUGUGUAAAUGCGACCAGCGUAUGCGAUGGCAAAUUGGAUUGCCCUAAUGGAGCGGACGAAGGGCCCGGUUGUGAUCUUGCCGAAUGCACUCAUCAAGCUGGAUUAUGCAGUAACGACUGCAUCCGGACUCCGCUCGGAGCGCAAUGUGUUUGUCCGGCUGGCGAAGAGCUCAUUGACAACUACUCAUGUCAGGACAUGAACGAAUGUGAGACACCGGGAAAAUGUUCGCAAAUCUGCGUGAACACCAAGGGUAGCUACUAUUGCAAUUGUGUGGACGGUUAUACGUUACAGAAAGAUAAGCACAUGUGCAAGGCGUACAAUCAUAGUGCGGCGUUCCUGAUCAUUUCCAAUAGACAUACUAUCUUGGUGGCUGAUCUUCAGGAUCAAGCAUUGGAACGAGUUCCUAUUAACGUGGAGAAUGUUGUAGCGACUGCCAGUAAUAUGCAUACUGGCACCAUUUUCUGGUCCGACAUGAAAUUGAAGCGGAUUUCGCGACUGGAUCGCGGUAGCGAUCCUCAAGAUAUCAUAAGUACUGGUUUAGAUUUAGUGGAAGGUCUUGCCUACGACUGGAUAGGUCAGAAUCUGUAUUGGUUAGACUCAAAGCUGAAUACGAUCGAAGUAGCUAAGGAGACUGGAGUUGGAAGGAUGAUUCUCGUUAAGGAGAAUAUCACGCAACCGCGUGGAAUGUGUUUAGAUCCUAGUCCAGGUGCAAAAUGGCUCUUUUGGACCGAUUGGGGUGAGAAUCCUAGAAUCGAAAGAAUUGGAAUGGACGGCACUAAUCGAUCAACCAUCAUCAGCACGAAGAUUUAUUGGCCUAACGGUCUGGCGUUAGAUAUUGCAAAUCGUAGAAUAUAUUUCGCGGAUAGCAAAUUAGACUUUAUUGAUACUUGUCUUUACGACGGCAGCAAGAGGAUUCAAGUUCUAGCUGGCUCGCAUUAUUUAUUGCAUCCUCAUUCGCUUACACUCUUCGAGGAUACUAUGUAUUGGACCGAUAGACAGCUUAAUCGUGUGCUUUCUGCGCAUAAAUUUAAAGGUUCUAAUCAGAUGGUGGUUUCGCAUCUAAUCUCACAACCACUUUCCAUCCACGUACAUCAUCCAGUAUUACAGCCUAUCACUGUGAAUCCUUGUGCUAACGUGUCUUGUGAACAUCUAUGCCUUCUAUCGCCCAGUAAUCCAAUGGGCUAUAAUUGCAAGUGCCAGAUUGGAUUCAAAUUAUUGUCCGAGGGACGCUGCGUGGAAGAAGAGACGCCAUACUUGAUGGUUCUCCGGGGUUCUCAAGUCGUCGACGUUUCCUUGACGCCCCGAGAAAGUAAAACUGGAUAUAUUACGCCUAUUGUUGGCGUGGAAGGCGGAAGGUUUAUCGACUAUGAUAGAAAAGAGCGUAUCAUUUAUUGGUUGCAAGGUAAGGACGAUGACAGCGAAAAUGGUACAAUUUAUACCAUCCCUUUCAAAGGUGGUAAUCGAACUGAGUUUCCCAAUCCCUCCGGCGAUACUGGUAUUGUCGGUUCGCCCUCCACCAUGGCGUUAGAUUGGCUUGGUCGCAAUAUGUUUAUCGGCAAUAAGUUUGCUUCUAACAUCGAGGCUAUCAAACUGGACGGCAAGACGCGAUUCCGUACAAUUGUUUUGGCGAAUGACGGCAACAGGACGUCGGUGUCUAAACCAAAAGCGAUGUGUGUGGACCCCAUUGACGGGCAAGUUUUUUGGGCGGACGAGGGAGGCUUCGGAGUGCCGCAGAAGAUUGGACGGGUGAAUAUGGAUGGCAGUAAUCCAUUGAUUCUCAUAGAAAAAUUGGAGCGUCCUGAAGCUCUCACUAUCGAUAUUCCUAGCAAAACGCUGUAUUUUUCCUCUCAAAAUCCGGCUUUCAUCAAAGCUAUGUCAACGGACGGUUUGAACGUCCGCACCAUUCUUACCGUCGCGAAUAACAUGGCAUUGCCCAAGGCGUUAGCCGUCCACGAAUCUCGUCUGUAUUAUUUGGACCCGCAGUACGAGAAGAUCGAACGUGUGGAUCUACCUAACGGCGAUAAUCCGGUAACUAUCAUCGACAACGAUUCUGAGCUUCGUACCUUGAACAUUUAUAAGAAACGUGUCACUGGAGUUCAUCCUUGUCUUAUCAACAACGGCGGAUGCGUGCAACUCUGCUUGCCUGCAUCUGGAGGUACUCGUGUUUGUGCUUGCGGGAUGGAUUAUAGAAAGGUCUCCGAAAUCAAUUGCGAGCCUUACAAGACAUUCGCGGUGGUAACUCAGUUGGAUGUCGCCAGGGGUUAUAGUCUCAAGGACUCCAAAGAGGCCAUGAUACCCAUCGCUGGAAUUGGCCAUCAUAUUCUACACGUGGACAUACAUUACGCGGGCAAUUGGAUAUAUUGGGUGGAAUUUAAUCGAGGCAUUUGGAACGGCAUCUUUAGAAUACGUCCCAAUGGUACAGAGUUGCAACAGAUAAUCAAACAAGGAAUUGGUUCCAAUGGAAUCCGCGGUCUAGCCGUGGAUUGGGUCGCAGGAAACUUAUAUUUUGCCAAUGUCUUUCCUCAUGAUAACUACGUAGAGGUCUGCAGGUUGGAUGGCUCCAAUCGAAAAGUUCUCGUAAAGACGACUACUGACUCUCCUCGAGAGCUGGCCGUGAAUCCAAUCAAACGAUAUCUGUAUUGGAUCGAUUACGGGCAAUAUCCUCGAAUAGGCAAGGCAUUCCUCGAUGGUAGCAAUUGGUUCCCUAUCGUGACGUCCGGUAUUAGCACACCGCGUGAUUUGACGAUCGACCUUGCCACGCACGAUAUUUAUUGGGUGGACUCGAAAUUGGACACUAUCCAGAAAGUGUCUUACACUGGCGGAAACCGAGAAAUCAUCCGUAGGAAUCUCCCGAAUCCGAUGGGCGUUGCCAUUUUCGGCGGCGAUGUUUUUUGGGUAGAUCGAAAUUUGGCUACCGUUUUCAAGGCGAGCAAACUGAAGGGCAACACCAGUCUUCCGAUCCCUGUUAGGACGAAUCUGCAAAAGCUCAGGGAUAUCGCUAUCUUUGAUCAAAGCAGCCAACCAUUGGAUCCUACGAAUCCUUGCUCACUGGUACCAAACGGCGGAUGCUCUCAACUAUGCUUCGCUUUCCCGAAGGACAAUCCCAUAUCAUUUACUUGCGACUGCGCAGUGGGUAAACUCUCGCCUGUCGAUAAUAGCACUUGCGAAAAUGUCGAAGAAUAUUUGAUAUUUGCUACGCGAACUGAGAUUCGCUCUAUCAAUAUCGAUCCGCACAAUACCAAUAUGCCUUUUAUGCCUGUUGGAAAUUUGACAAAUGUAGUCGGAGUGGACUUUGACUACGAAGAUAAAAAACUACUGUUCACUCAGAUCCGUCCUUGGGCGAAGAUCGCGUGGAUAUCUUCGGAUCGACCAUCUUCCUCCGAUUUGCACACAUUAAUCAGCAAAGGAAUUAACCCUGAAGGCAUCUCGUAUGACUGGACUCAGAAGAAAGUAUACUGGACGGAUUCUUCCAACAAUAGCAUCUACGCGAUGGAUCUUGACGGGUCUAAUUUGGUGAUGAUUGCACGCGUGGAUCGGCCACGCGCCAUCGUCGUCGACCCGUGCAACGGUUCUCUCUACUUCACGGAUUGGGGUCGUUUCGGGACAUCCGGGAAGAUUUUCAAGGCUACUAUGGCGGGAUCGCUGAAACGCGCCAUCAUUGAUAAGGAUCUUUCGCAACCCAGUGGUCUGGCGAUCGAUUAUGAUGAUCGGAUGCUAUAUUGGACCGAUGCCGUGCGUGAGAAGAUCGAGCGGUCCGAUCUCGAAGGCAACAACAGGAAAAUUCUUAUCAGCGCUACCAUAUAUCCCUUCGCUAUUACUGUCUUCAGGGAACACAUCUAUUGGACGGAUCUCCAGCUUCGCGGAGUCUAUCGAGCGGAGAAAUACACGGGAGCCGACAAAAUUGAGCUGGUAAAGCGGUUGGAGGACUCCCCGCGUGACCUUCACAUUUUUUCUCCGACCAGGCAGCAAUGCACCGUUAAUCCUUGCAACAUUAAUAAGGGCGGUUGUGAUCAGUCCUGCCAUCCGGGCUACAACCGCUCCGCGGAGUGCAAGUGCGACGAUAACAGCAGGCUUGUGAACGAAGAUAGAAUGUGUGUGCCAAAGAACGUUACCUGCGACGCCAGUAAGUUUGCUUGUAGAAACGGUAGAUGCAUCUCCAGAAUGUGGGCAUGCGACGGCGACGACGAUUGCGGCGACGGCUCCGACGAGAGCACCAGAUACUGCUCUUAUCAUUCAUGCAGUCCAAAUGAAUUCCGCUGCAACAACGGCCGAUGCAUCUUCAAAACGUGGAAGUGCGAUCACGAAAAUGACUGCCGGGACGGUAGCGACGAGGAGGGAUGCGUCUACCCACCCUGCGCAGCGGGCGAAUUCACCUGUGCCAAUUUUCGAUGCAUACCACAAUCUCAGGUGUGCAACGGCAUCAACGAUUGCAAGGACAAUUUCACUUCCGAUGAGACACACGAGCGCUGUCCUCGCAAUACUACAUGCCCGUUAAAUCAUCUCAAAUGCGAAAAGACAAACAUCUGCGUGGAGCCUUACUGGCUGUGCGACGGCGAUAACGAUUGCGGUGACAAUAGCGAUGAGAAUCCGAUUCAUUGCGCCCAGAGAACUUGCCCCCAGAACAGCUUCCGAUGUCCUAAUCACAGGUGCAUCCCAGCCACUUGGUAUUGUGACGGAGAUGAUGAUUGUUUGGACGGAAGCGACGAGCCUCCUGGUUACUGCCAAUCCGAGGGUAGAACAUGUUUCGGCGAUUUGUUCACUUGUGAUAACGGCAACUGUAUUCCUAGAAUUUACAUCUGCGAUGGAGACAACGAUUGUCUGGAUAACUCCGAUGAAGAUGAGCGUCAUCAAUGCAACGACAGAAAAUGCGACGAAGAAACGGAGUUCACUUGCACCGCGAACAAAAUGUGGAAUCGCGCCCAAUGCAUCCCAAAAAAAUGGCUGUGCGAUGGAGAUCCGGAUUGCGUUGACGGGGCUGAUGAGAACGUGACUUUGCUCCAUUGCCCGCCGCCAACUCCUUGCGCCGAGAAUCAAUUCACCUGCGAUAACGGGCGAUGUCUGAAUCGUAACUGGUUAUGCGAUCAUGAUAAUGAUUGCGGCGACGGCAGCGACGAGGGCAAGUCUUGCAAGUAUAAACCCUGUAAUAGCCAAGAGUUCACUUGUCAGAACUUCAAAUGUAUACGCAAGCAAUUCCGUUGCGACGGCCAGGAUGAUUGUGGCGAUCAUUCGGACGAAGUAGAAUGUCCAUCUAGAGCAAAGAACACAACGUGUCCGAAUCCAAAGGAUUUCAUGUGCGCAAACGGUAAUUGCAUCGAUUCGCAACUGGUAUGCAAUAAGGAACCGGAUUGUGCCGACGAGAGUGAUGAGCCGCUGCACUGCUACGUGGAUGAGUGCGCUCGUAUCGAGAUGAAUCAGUGCGGACAUAAGUGUGUCGACACACCGACCAGCUUUUACUGCGAGUGUAAUCCCGGCUAUAAAUUGUUGGCCGAUGGCAAGGCCUGCGACGACAUCGACGAGUGCAUCGAAACGCCUCAAGUGUGCAGUCAACAAUGUGAGAACACGCCCGGCGGAUAUUACUGCAAAUGCAACGAGCGAUGGUACGAAAGAGAAGCCGACGAGCAUACGUGCAAGCGCAGAGACAACAUUCAACCAUGGAUCGUAUUCACGAAUAAAUAUUACGUCAGAAACAUGUCGAUUGACGCGUCCAACUAUAGUCUGAUGCAUCAGGAUCUGGUUAACGUCGUGGCACUGGACGCUGAUUACGCCCAGCAGAUGUUGUAUUUCUGCGAUGUUACCGCGAAGACGAUAUACAAAGCACCGGUGAACGGCGGCGAAAGAGAACCCAUCAUCCGUCAUGAUAGUUUGGGUCUGGAAGGAAUCGCUAUCGAUUGGAUUGGUAGAAAAUUAUAUUGGUUGGAUCGUCACGCGAAACAUCUAGAUGUUGCCGAACUCGACGGCACCAACAGAAAAACUUUACAUUCUGGGAUAGCGGAUCCGCGCGCGAUUGCGAUUCACCCUGGUACUGGAUAUUUGUACUUUACGUCCUGGCAUCUUCAGGCAUAUAUUGGUAAAAUGGGCAUGGACGGUAGCAACUUUACUCGAAUUCUGACAUGGGAGGAUAACAUUGCUUGGCCGAAUGCGUUGACGAUCGAUUACUUCACCGAUCGCAUUUUCUGGGCGGAUGCACAUUUGGAUUACAUCGCCUUUGCUGAUCUCGAGGGCCACAAUCGACGGAUCGUUCUGUCUGGCUCUUCGGUGCCGCACGUGUUUGCCAUCACCGUGUUCGACGACUUCAUUUACUGGACCGAUUGGAAUUUAAAAGCGAUUAGCAGAGCAGAAAAGUUCUCUGGCGCUCGUUUACAAGUGCUGCGCAACACUACACAUCGGCCCUACGAUAUACAUGCCUAUCACCCGCUUCGACAGUUGCCCUACAAUAAUCCUUGCGCGGAGAACAACGGCGGUUGCUCGCAUCUCUGUCUUAUCGCACCACCCGCCAGCUCGUACUUGCUCGAAGGAUAUGGUCAGCCUGGUGUCACCUCCUACAAAUGCAAGUGUCCGAAUCAAUUCAUCCUGGAUAAGAAUAAGGACAACAAGACAUGUAUAGCGAACUGCACCGCAGGCCAGCAUCGUUGCGGACCACCCGAUGAGAAGUGCAUUCCUUGGUAUUGGAGAUGCGACGGAGAGAAGGAUUGCAAAGACGGUUCCGACGAGUCGAUGAGUUGUCCGCCGAGAAACUGUCGACCGAGCGUAUUCCAAUGCGCAAAUAAAAAUUGUACGCCGAGCGUGACGAUCUGCGACGGAGUCGACGACUGCGGAGAUAAGAGCGACGAAGCUAAGUGUGCACUUGAAUGUGGAGAACUCGAGUUCAAGUGCAAGUCCAACGGUCGCUGCAUACACGAUUCGUGGAAAUGCGAUGGAGACGCUGACUGUAAAGAUGGCAGCGACGAGGAUCCUGCUAUUUGUCAUAAUCGUACCUGCGACCCGAGCACCGAGUUCAGUUGCAAGAAUGGUAAGUGUAUUCCCAAGCUAUGGAUGUGUGAUUCUGACAAUGACUGCGGAGAUGAUAGCGACGAACCAGCGUACCUGUGCCGUCAAAAGAAUUGCACGACCGGAUGGCAGCGUUGCCCGGGACAUGCAAACUACCGAUGCAUUCCAAAGUGGUUGUUCUGCGACGGCAAGGAUGACUGCCGCGAUGGUUCCGACGAGCGUCCGGAGAACUGUCCAAAGUGCGAUCCCAAAAUGGACUUCAAGUGCGCCAAUAAUCGGUGCGUGCCGAAACAGUGGCUCUGCGAUUUCGCAGACGAUUGCGGGGACGGCAGCGACGAGGCGGACAUGAUGUGCAAAGAUAGGUACCGCGAGUGCUCCGAAUCUGAGUUUAAAUGUAGAAACGGCAAGUGCAUCGCGUCCAGAUGGAGAUGCGACGCCGAAGACGACUGCGGCGACAACAGCGAUGAGGAGGAAUGUCAUCGAUGGGUGUGCAAGAGCGAGAGCUUCCAAUGUAAAAGCGGUCAUUGCAUCGCACCGUAUCUUCGUUGCGAUGGAGCACGAGAUUGCCGCGAUAUGAGCGAUGAACUCGGUUGCCCGCCUAGAUAUCCCGGAGGAAAAUAUUGUCCGCAAUCCCGAUUCGAAUGUAACAACAAUCUCUGCGUCUCGCUCACCGACAUCUGCGAUGGCACUGACGAUUGCGGUGAUAAUUCCGACGAAAAUCCAACUAUGUGUGCGAAUUUCGAGUGUGACACGCACAGACGAUUCCAAUGUGCCAACCACAAGUGUAUUGCCAGGUACCAGUUAUGCGACGGAAUCGACAAUUGUGGCGACGGGUCAGACGAGAACAACAUGACGAUGUGUAUGAAACAGACUCGUCCGUGCGACUCGAUCUCAGAAUACACCUGCGCGAAUAAGAAAUGCAUCGAUCGUAUAAGACUCUGCGAUCUUGCGGACGAUUGCGGCGAUUUGUCAGACGAAUUGGGAUGCCAUCAUACUCAUCACUGUUCGGCAAACGAUCGUGGCGGUUGCGCGCACGAAUGCCACAACAUUACGAACGGCGGCUACAUCUGCGCCUGCUAUCCUGGUUACAUAAUUUCACCUGAUAGUAGAAAACACUGCAUGGACAUUGACGAGUGUCAGACCGAUCAACAUCAGUGUUCUCACAUCUGUACCAAUUUGAAUGGCUCGUAUGCCUGCUCUUGCCGGCAAGGUUUCCAACUGUCAGAUAGAUAUAGCGGUGUGUGUCGCGCCGAAGACGAUAACAUUGUCGUGCUGUUCGCCAACGGACCCGAACUCAGGGCCUACGAUUUGCAUACCAGAGAAGAGAUGGAUGUGAUAGAUAACGAGAAGAGAGUGCAAGCCGUCGAUUUCGAUCCCAAGACGGAAUACAUUUUCUGGAUUGAUUCAUACGACAAUACCAUUAAGCGAUCUUAUAUGGUAAAUGCCAAAGAAGGCCAGGCCAAGAUUGGACACGCGCAGGAUCUCAAUAUGAAGAUUGAUUCUAAGCCGACAAGUUUAGCAGUGGAUUGGAUCUCUGGCAAUCUGUACUGGAGCGAGGUCGAUCAAACAGUCGCUCCUCCUCACGGUCGGAUCAUGAUGUCCAAAUCGGAUGGCAGAUAUCGGCGUAGUAUAGUCACAAUGAAUCUCGAGCAACCGACAUCGGUGGUCGUGGAUCCAGAGCGAGGUGAACUUGUGUGGGCUGACGCGGGUAAUCAACCAAAGAUCGAAAUAGCGUGGAUGGAUGGCGAUAGACGCAAAUUGCUCGUGGCCGAACGAAUCGCCAGUCCUUCGGCUCUUACUAUCGAUUACGCUAUGGAACACACGCUUUAUUGGUCCGACAUCAAGCUGGAUAUUAUCGAGGCGAUCAACUUGGCCGGUACCAACAGAAGAAUUGUUCUACGGGUCGGAAUACCGCUUAGGCACCCGGUGGCGUUGGACGUUUUCGAGAAUAAUCUUUAUUGGGUCACCAAGCAGACGGGCGAGCUCGUUCGGCAAGAUAAAUUCGGCAGGGGAGUUCCGCAUACUAUCAUCAAGAAUCUUCCUAGUCCCGGUGGUCUCAAAGUCUAUCAUCAGCUGAGGUACAAUACCAGCCUGAGAGAUCCUUGCCACAACGACCAGUGUAGUCAUCUCUGCGUAACGAUUCCGGGCGGCCAUCGCUGUCUCUGCUCGGACAACAUUGAUCCUCUUCAACAUCUGCUGAGGGAUAACAAUGAGAGGCAUUGCGACGCCACCAAUGAGAGACCUCUGCCAGCGCCCAGAAUAUGUCGUUGCCAGAACGGCGGACGAUGUCAGGAGGAGGAUGAUAAGUUGGCUUGCGAUUGCCGCGAGGAAUUCCAUGGUGAAUUUUGUGAGAUGGCGGCGGUCGCCGCCAGAGCAGGUGGAUCCACUGCUGCUAUAGUCAUUCCCAUAGUCGUAUGCCUGCUGGUAUUGUUCUGUGCUGCCGCGAUCUUCAUGGUUCUCAAGAAGCGACCAUUCGGCAAACCUGGUGGUCUCGGCAGUCUCACGGGCGCUCAGAGUGUUUCCUUCCGCCAAGGCAGUAAUGUAGAGUUUGGCGAAGCUGCUCAUGAAAGGAUGGAACCUCUCGAUGUAGAGUAUAAUCUGAAUGAUGUUGCCAAUAAGAACCGAGAUUUCAGCAAUCCGAUGUAUGACGCGGUGAAUAUGGAGAGCGGUACGACAAACGGUACCAGCGUUGGUAACAUGUACGAAGCACCGGCAGAGAUGAAACCUUCGAGUAUGCAGCACAAAGAGCCCCCGCAGUUGAAUCUAAAGAGGAGAGAACUGGACCCGACGCCCAUCGACUCGGGCAAGGAUACCCAGCAGCUGGUUGAGGAGGACAAGUCCGAGUGCUAGGAUUAAUUUUUGUUUUCUAUUGUGUUUCUCGAACUUGAACGCAGAUCGACAUGUUUGACGACUGCGAAGAAUAUAUACAUAGGGACAAACGUAAAUUAGUUUACCACUUCUACGUAAAUAGUGCGGAUUACUUGCAGCUGCUCGUACGUUAUUUAUUAAGCUGUUCACUGAGACGUUUUAACAUGAUGUGUGACGAUUCAAUUAAAGUUCUUUCUUAUCUAGUGAUCCUUGGAUAUGAGAAUAUCGAGAUUUCUAGGAUGGAAAAAGGAUAUCAACAGAUUAUAUUGUCAUGGAUAUAGAGGUUCUUAGAUUCACGAAUUUUUAAAAGUUGGACUUAAUGUAAAAUUCUUAAAUUUUAAUUGUAAAUUUGUACGUUUUAUAUGUUUUCUUUACAAUACAAUUUCUCUCAUUUAAGAAUUCACGAUAAAGAAAUUUUAGAAUGUGGUUUUGUAAGGAUUUAUAAGUCUACAACUCUUUACACAUUCUUGCAUCAAAGAACCUUGAUACAUAGAUGUUCAACUUCCCAGCUCGUCAGAUCUAAGAAUCUUUGACCACAGGUUCUUAUCUCUAGAUCCUUUAUACCAGGAAUUGUGAACUGGCUUUAGGAUCUUAAAUUUUUCAAGAAUAUGGAAUGACAAAUGGCAAUGGUCGCGAAUCGACAACAUCGAUUUUGCGAGAACAGUGAGGCGAAAGCGAAUUGCAAUAGGCACGAUUGUGUCAUUUUUUACUAGGUGUGUGAUUUGUAAGUCUUGUAAAUAUUAUUGCUAAUAAUAAAAUAUAACGCGUUUAUGUUAUCUGUGUACCAUACAAAACGCAACACAUUCCAUUUUAUUUUGAAGUUGUUACUGACAAAGUGUAACGAUAACGCGGAACACUUUUUUUCGAUAGCUAAGACGUGUGUGUAUAUGUGUAUGCGUGCAGAUGCGCGCGGUGCUCGAAUUGAUGAUGCAUUCGAUUCUUCGAUAAUCUUUCGGAACAUCUGCCAUAA